AUGAAACCAAAGUUGAGACAAAUUUUAUUCAAAAUCGUAUCUAUUUCCAGCUAUCAGCGUUGAUGUUCUGUAAGCAAGCAUUGAAUACAGGCCUAUGGAUAGAUGUAAAAUAUGCUCAAUUGUCAAUGCUCCUCCACUUGAAUAAGCACUGGACACUACGUCGAAUUGGCAAUGAACUAAUUUCGACUGCUUUAAUAAUUUUUUUUAAUAAUUCCUGUAUAUCAGAUAAUGCAAUACCAAUAAAGUCAUGGUUCAGCGACGCGGGAGAUACUGCUCUAUUAAGUUUACUUCCAGUUUUGGAUGCACUUCGUUUCACACAAGACGUGCGAUCCGUUCUUUCAAGGAAUUUACAUUUACAUCAUACUUGGUAGCAUAGUUUGGAUUAAGUAAUAAAUUAGAUUUAUUAGAGACCGAGCUACAAAACGUUUAGCGUGUUUAAUCUAGAAUUAUUGUUAUUGGUACUGUGUUAGUAGAUAUUAGGAUGCUGACUAAAUGAUGAGAUGAUGAUCCUUUGACACACCCUGUCCUCUUUUUCUACGCUCGUUAGAAAACAAAACCGAGUAAGUCUGAAAGGGAGUGGGACCUUCAACCAAACUAUUUAAAUUAGCACAAAGUAUCUUGGUAUUUUCGUUA